AUAUAUAUAUAUAAAAUAAAUAUAUAAAUAAGGAAAACAAAAAUGAUUAUAAGAAGUUUUAUGGUAUUAUUUUUAUUUAUUAAUAUUGGUUUAACGGCAGCACCAGACAAGGAAAAAAAAGAACCUCCCAUGUCAGAAUGUGCAGCAAAAGGUGGAGAAUGUGAUGAACAAAAACAUCGACCAGUUUGUGGUACCGAUAAUCGAACUUAUCCUUCACGAUGCCAUUUGAUUCGAACACAAUGCCAAGGAAAUCCUGUAAAAUUAAAGCAUGCUGGAGCAUGUAAAAAAGAAUGUUUAGAAGUUCGACAGUAUGCUUUAAAAACAAAAACACCAUAUCAUCGAUUUAUACCAAAAUGUAGACCAGAUGGAUCAUAUGCUGCUAUACAAUGUUUAGAAAAUACUGGUUGUUGGUGUUCUGAUAGUACUGGUAAACCAAUACCAGAUACAUCAACAAGAAAUGGUAAACCGAAUUGUAGAAGAUAUACAAGAUCAAAUACAAGACGAUCACCAUCUAAAAAUAUGAUGCAACGUAAUAGACGACCAUGUACACAAGCAGAUCAAGCUGAAUUUAAUAAUAAUUUAAUAAAUAUAUUUGUUAUGGAAUAUAAACGUUAUCAGAGUGCUCGAGAUCCAUUGAAUCCACCAAAAAAUUUAGAUGAUAAAAUUGUACUUGAAUGGAAAUUUAUUUCAUUAGAUUUAAAUAAAAAUCAAAUGUUGGAUAAAAUUGAAUUUAGGGAAUUGAAACGUUUAAUUAAAAAGGUUAUAAAACCAAAACGAUGUGCUAGACUUUUUGGUAAAUAUUGUGAUGUCGACACUGAUGAAAGUUUAACUCGAGCUGAAUGGAGUAACUGUUUGACGCGGGAUGGAAUAAAUCGUGGGGUAUUUAAUCGUAAUGCUAAUGGAGCUUCACCUCAUUCAAUAACAUCAACAUUACAUCAUUUAGAUGAUUCAGAUGAUGGUGAUGAAGAAAGUUCACAACAUUUAGAAGAAUAUGAAGAUGAAGAUUAUGAAGAGGAUGAUGGUCAUGCAGGUUCUGAUACAAUAGGUUCACCUUCUAGAAAUUUAUCCCCUAAUCCUGCUGUGAUACUUCUCUCUGUAAGACCAGAACCACAUAUCAGUCAUAAUCAGGAAUCUGAAGCAGAAAUAUCAGAUUGUACAUCAGACAGAGCUGCUGCUUUAGAAGAACAGAAUAAUGGUGGGGGAUCUAUGAUGUAUGUUCCUGAAUGUACACCAGAUGGACGUUAUCAAAGAGUUCAAUGUUAUCGAUCAACUGGAUAUUGUUGGUGUGUACAUGAAGACACAGGAAAAAAUAUUCCCGGUACAUCGGUUAAAGAUAAAAUACCAGCAUGUGAUUCAGUUUAUCAGACAUCUAGACCAAUGAAAGGUUGUCCAGAACCAAAGAAAUUGCAAUUUCUAAAAGAUUUGAAAGAUUUCUUAAAGAAAGAAGUAACAUCAAAAACAAAUUUAGGAUCAAACAGAACGAUAUUUAGUAGUGAAGAUGAAAAAUAUGCUACACUUAGUUUUGUUUAUUUGGAUAAAAAUAAAAACAGUGUUUGGGAACGCAAAGAAUGGAAAAUUUUCCGUGAAAUGGUAUCAGAAGUCAAACCAUUGAGAAAAUGUGGUAAAAAGAUGCCAAGGUAUUGUGAUGUAAAUAGUGAUAAGAAGAUUACUUUAGCUGAAUGGUUAAAUUGUAUGCAAACUGAACGUGAUACAGAUAUAACAAGAUCAACAACAGUUGGACCUACUAAAUUAUCAAAAUUAAAUGGACCAAAUCCGUUACAUGUACAUUUGAAGGAGUGAAUUCUGUUAAUGUAUUAUCAAUAUUAAAUGUAUUAAUUUUAAAGGAGAAAAUAUUUUUUUUUGUUAAUUAAUUGCAUUAAUUAAUUUGAAAAUAAAUAAUACUAAUAUACGAAUUAAGGAAUAUCUGUUUAGUAAUUGAACUAUACAAAUUGUAAUAUUGUACUAAAUGUAGUAUAUUAG